UCAUCAAGCUGAGACGAACCUGGAAGCGAGCCUUGCAACAAGACAGGAAGGUUCCAGAGUCUGUAAUCGGAAAAUCAAUUUAUCAACAGUCAAAUCUUCAUCAACCCCUACCCUUUGUUCGCUGAAGAGCAAGGGGGAAUCGAUCAUUGGAUCUGUUCAUUAACACGCCAUCGAGUCUUUUGUUGUUUCCCUAUCGGGGUCGGGCUCUCCUCCCUCACCAUGGCUGUCCCAUUAUCGUCUCCUGAUAUGAGCUCUGUUGAUUUCACUGCGCACGUCACUGACCUCCCUACGCCACCUCUGGAUUCUCUUCUUUUCGCCGAUAACGACGAUACCUUGUUUUCUGAUGCAGUUCUCUCCGAUUUUGACUUCGGGUUGGAUAACGAUUUCGAGAUUACCUUCGACGAUCCCGAGAAUCUCCGUCUUCCCCUAAAUGUUGACGAAUUCCUUUUCGACGACGCAUCUGUCAUUCCUCCCUCGCAGUCGCAGAUUCAUGAUGAUCGUCAUGAGUUAGCUAAUUGCGAUUGCAAUCCGACUUUCGAUGUCGCUAGGUUUUCGAAUUGGCAGUCUUAUCCGCCUACUUGUUUGGAUAAUUCAGGCGAUCAGAAUUCGCACGGCUCAAAGGAGGUUAAAGUUUCGAACUCCCAAUUGCCGAAGUCCAAUUCUUGCGACCGCGAAUCUUUGGACGGGCCCGUUUCGUCUCAGGGUUCGCGUAACGGUGGGUCAGGUGUUUCUGACGUGAUGGAUUCACCUUCACCGAGUCGACACGACAUAGAUUUUACAUCUCAGGUUAUUGGUGACGAGAACCUGAAUUUGGAGGAAACCGGGAAGGUCUCUGAUUUGAAGAGGAAGAUGGAAAACAAUGGAGGAAAUACUGGGGAGAGAACUUCUAAGCACCGGAGGUCGUCGACGCCUAUGGAGAAUGUGACUCGAGAACCUGGUGUUAGUAUUAUCAAUGAGGACGUCGAGAAAAGGAAGGCUAGGUUGAUGAGGAAUCGGGAAAGUGCCCAGCUUUCUAGGCAGAGAAAGAAGCAGUAUGUAGAGGAGCUUGAGGAGAAGGUGAAAUCAAUGAAUUCCACCAUUGCCGAUUUGAGUAGCAAGAUAUCAUUCUUUAUGGCCGAGAAUGCCACUUUGAGACAGCGACUGAAUGCUGGUGGAACGUGUCCACCGCCUCCUGCUUCAGGGAUGUAUACCCAUCCCCCGAUGCCUACCAUGCCUUACUCUUGGGCGCCGUAUGCCCCCUACGUUGUCAACCCACUAGGGUCUCAUGUUCCUUUGGUACCAAUUCCGAGAUUAAAGUCUCAGCAACAGCCAGCGGCCUCAAGAAGUAAAAUGUCCGACCGUAAGAAAUCCGAGGGUAAAACUAAAAAGGUUGCCAGCGUCUGUUUGCUGGGUUUGUUUUUCUUUGUCUUGCUUUUUGGUGGAUUGGCUCCCCUUGUGAAUGUUAAGUUUGAUGGUUUAGUGGACGAUACUUAUGGGAGGUCGCGGUAUGUGAGCGAUAGGUUCUAUGGUCAGCUCGGAGGGAAAGUCUGGCCCGUGAAUGGCCCUACGGAUAGGUCUGAAGGAUACAAAGGAGUUGGGUCUUCUAGUGGAAGAUUCAGUGUUUUUGACAGGAUGACUGGUGAGAGAGGCCGGAAUCUUGGCGAGGAAACGCAUAAUCAGCAGGACUCAGUGUAUAAAUCAGAUUCAGAUGGAUUUGUUCAUUUGAGCAAUAAUAGUCAGCCUCUUUUUGCUUCUUUGUAUGUUCCUAGGAAUGAUAAGCUGGUGAAGAUUGAUGGGAAUUUGAUAAUCAAUUCUGUCAUGGCCAGUGAGAAAGCUAUGGCAUCUCACACUGCUCAUAUCGCAGAGAAUGAUAAAAGAGAAACUCGUUUGGCAAUUUCUAAAUAUUGGGAUUCUGCAUUGGCUGUUCCAGAUGUUGGAAUAAGUGGAGGCUUACAUCCUUACUUGUAUAGGAAUCCAGCUGAACAGAGGAAGGCACUUCCACAUGGUUCAGCUGAAAAUUUGAAGGACCAUCUGAGGUCAACUUCGUCUGAUCGUAAAAUCCAACAAUGGUUCCGGGAAGGUCUUGCAGGGCCUAUGUUAGGUUCUGGCAUGUGCACAGAAGUUUUCCAAUUUGAUAUCUCAUCAACACAAGGAGCUAUUGUGCCAGCACCAUCAGCCGCCAAUGUUUCUGAAGGGAACAACCAAAAUGCUACUCGUCUUAGCAAAAGUAGGAAUAGAAGAAUUCUACACAGGCUCCCACUUGCUGGAUCCAGCAGCAACGCAGGUGAAGAACAAGGAGGACAAAAUGCACUGAAUGACAACUUCCUUGGUAAUAAGUCGAAGUCUUCCAUGGUGGUUUCUGUGCUUGUUGAUCCUAAAGAAGCUGGAGAUAUUGAUGGAAUGAUAACGCCGAAAUCGAUUUCUAGAAUAUUUGUGGUUGUGCUUGUGGACAGCAUCAAGUAUGUAACAUAUUCGUGUGUUCUUCCUCGUGCUUCCCCCCAUCGGGUGACUGCUUGAGGCCGACCCUUUCUCCAAUCAAGCGUUUUGACAGAGCUGUAUGAUUUAUUUAUUCACUUGACCUGAGUUUCGUUUUCGGAAUGGGGGUAACAGAGCUCCUGUUUUGUGCAUUAGAUGGAUGUAGGGUUGACCAACAGAGUUGUGAACUCUGUCCAUGCACAAAAGAGACAUUUCAUUCUUUGUUUUUUGGUGUCAGUACGAGAUUAUACAUGUAAACUUUUUGUUGAAAAAUAUAAAUCUUAUUAUGAAAUUUUAAUUUA